ACGUUACUGUAGUCGUCAGAGGGAGGCGGGAUUUGGUCAGAGGGCAAAUAUAUAUAAAAAUAAAUUUAAAACAUAUCUUAUUAAAUUGACCGAAAACACCUCCAUCCGUGCACCGGCUCAGACGCAUUUCUCAAAGGGAAUUAGGCGGAGGAGGGAGGAGGGGAACGCCGCUCUGAAGUGCAUGGUGGAGGGAUGACCCUGAUGGAGAUGAUGAGGCCAGCCUGGCUCUGAUGCUUCCCUGCACGCCCCAUUGAUUCACUGGGACUGUGGGCUGCUUCUGGUGGAGAGGAUUAUCCAGGAGGCUGGGGGAAGCAAGACGAGGAAGAAGAGGAGGAGGAGGGGAGGCAUCAUCAUCAUCGGAGAGCGGGGUUUGUCAGGGAGGCUGGUGGAUUAUUAUAACACAAAAUAAGGCUUUUAUUGGAGAGAAAAAGGGGAAGACUUAAGGUCAGAACUGGGUGUAGGGUUUUGCUGCUGAAUCCCUGCACCCACCCGCCGGUGGACUAUAACCUUCCGAGGAUACUGGCCUGGCUUCGGAUGAGAAACGCUCCAGUCAGAGACGCAGAUCCGGGGGAACGUCCAUGUGUUGUGUUAUGUAACCACCUCAAGUGCAGUUUAACCAGAAGCUCCUUUAUUGACCACAGCACUGCGCUUUGAGUGUUUUCGGGGCCGCUGGGAUUAGGCUGCAGAGCGUGUUCGCUUGUUUCCGUGGCUGUGUGGGGGGGUAGGACCAUACAUUCGAGGUUGGACUUGGACCCAGCUGAUAGAAGAUGUCGGGGCAGACGCUGACGGACCGCAUCGCCGCGGCUCAGUACACCCUGACUGGAUCCGAUGUGUGCAGAGCGGUGUGCAAAGCCACCACUCACGAACAGACUGCACCCAAGAAAAAGCACCUGGAAUUCCUGAUCCAGGCCACCCAAGAAACCAACGUGAACAUUCCCCAGAUGGCCGACACCCUGCUGGAGAGGGUCGGCAACGCCAGCUGGGUGGUGGUCUUCAAAGCCCUGAUCACCACACACCACCUCAUGGUUCAAGGCAAUGAGAAAUUCCUGCAGUUCCUGGCGUCCCGGAACACCCUGUUCAACCUCAGCAACUUCCUGGACAAAACUGGCUCCCACGGCUACGACAUGUCCACAUUUAUCAGACGCUACGGCCGCUAUCUGAACGAGAAGGCCUUCGCCUACAGACAGAUGUCUUUUGACUUUGGCCGGGUCAAAAAAGGGGCCGAUGGGACAAUGAGGACCAUGUCAGUGGAGAAGCUGCUGAAAGGAAUGCCCACCCUGCAGGGCCAGAUUGAUGCGCUGCUGGAUUUUGAUGUGCAUUCCCAGGAGCUGAAUAACGGAGUGAUAAAUGCCUGCUUUCUCCUGCUUUUCAAAGACCUCAUCAAGCUCUACGCCUGCUACAAUGACGGCAUCAUUAACCUGUUAGAAAAAUUCUUUCAGAUGAAGAGGAGUCAGUGCAAAGACGGGCUGGAGAUCUACAAGAGGUUCUUGACACGAAUGACUAGGGUGUCCGAGUUUUUUAAAAUAGCUGAGCAAGUGGGAAUAGACAAAAACGACAUUCCUGAACUCACACAGGCGCCAGAAAGUCUUCUGGAGUCCCUUGAAACGCAUCUGAACACUUUAGAAGGGAAAAAACCAGAGGAAAAGUCACCCACAAAGGACGUGACAGCAAACAACAGUUCUGCUGUUGCUGCUGCUCAUUCAGCAGCCCCAGCCAAACCCCCUCCUCCUGGCACAGCCGGCGGGCCACCAGCCCGCCCCGGACCGCCUGCAAAACCUCCUCCACCUGCCAUCACUCCAACCGCACCGGUCCCUGCCCCCACCGCUGCCAGCAAUGCUCUUGACGAUGGGUUCCUGUUGGACCUCGACCCCAUGCUGUCUUCUUCAGCAGCAGCAGGAGCUGCAGCCAGCUCUUCUACAACUGCAUGGGGAGAUCUCUUGGCUGAGGCAGCUCCAGCCGCCACCGAUGGAGCGUCUGAAGCUCUCCUGGCAAACGGAGACUCUAGUCAUGUUUCUGCUGCAGCUUCCACUGCCCCUGCAACUGCCGCACCUGCAGCUGCCACUGCCAUCACGGCUGCACCGGUGCCUACCUCGCUGCCUGUCUCUGCUCCGGCAGCCACCACAGCCACAGACAUCGACCUUUUCGGAGAUGCGUUUGCACCUUCCCCAGGAGACGGUCCUGCUGCCGUGGCCGCUGGCCCCGCUGCUGAUGCAUUUGCUGGAUCUGACCCCUUUGCCACGACGGAGGGGAGCGCCGACAUUGCUCCAGAGCUGGAUCUGUUCGCUAUGAAGCCCGCCGACACGGGGGCCGCCGCUGCCAUCACUCCUCCCACCUCUAACGAGGCGCCAACCAUCAUCGCCCCCAUCGCUGCCCCUGCCGCCCCCACCCCUGCCACCACCACCGACACCACCACAGAUUCUGCAGCCGCCCCGACUCUAGAUAUCUUUGGUGAUAUGUUUGAUUCUAUGCCUGAGCAAAGCCCUACAACAGAAUCCAAAGCUGCUACCACUCCUAGCGUAGACCUUUUUGGUGCAGACCUUCCUGCUGUUUCUCGCGGGCCCUCUCCUUUGCCCGAGCCGGCUCCUUCUGGAGAUAUUGUGACGGAUUCCUUUUCAGCUCCAAUUCCAGCUCCGGCAGCAGAAACUUCCUCCACACCCAAAGCAGAGCCAGAACCAGUCAUAGACCUGUUGGAUUCCUUUGGUGGUCCUGCAGAGGAGAAGCAGAGCUCAGCUCCUGGAGGGCCUGGAGAUGAUCUGCUGGGAGGUCUAAUCUCCCCCACUCUUGCCCCCACUGCUGCCCCAACUCUGGCUCCAACCUCAGCUCCAAUCCAGAACAACCUUCUGGAAAGCGGCUUUGAAGCCUUAGGCUCACUGCCCUCCCCAACACCUCCAGUUCCAGCUGCAGGUCCUGCUGUACCCAUGGUACCUGCUCCAGCUGCACAGCCUGCAUCCUCCACCACAGCGCCCUCUGGCGGCUUUAAUGCUUCAGUGUUGGGUGGGUUAGGCGACUUGCUGAUGCCCACCAUAACGCCGCAGAGCACUGGGGGCAGCACCACAGGAAGUGCAGCAGGAAGCAUGGGCACUCCUGUCACACCUGGAGGGAUAACAAUGGCUCCUCCCCCCACCCCACCUCUGACCAAAACCAUUGGAGGAGACCUGGAUUCAUCUCUGGCCAACUUGGUUGGAGACCUAGGCAUGAAGAAGAGGGAUCCACAAAGUGAAAAGAAGUUGACCGGAGGAGCAAACUGGACUCCGCAGGUUGCUCCCACCAGCUGGGGCAAUCCAGGAGCCCCAAUGGCUGGUGCAGCCCCCGGAGUGCCAGGUGCUGCGCCUGCUGCAGCUAUGGUGCCACCGAUGGCGGUGCAGCCUGGAUUUGGCAUGCCUCCUGCUGGGGGACCUGGAGCUCCACUGAUGCAGCCUAUGAUGGGGCAGCCCAUGAUGAGACCCCCGUUUGCAGGAGCCGCUGCACCAGGAGCACCGAUUUCGCCAGGACCUGGAGGUCAGAGCCCCAAGAAGCCCAAGGAUCCGCUGGCCGAACUCGAUCUCAAGGACUUCUUGUAACGUCCCGGCUGCUUUCCUCUCGGGAUCAUAGCCUUCUCACCUCUUAACCGGUGUCUGUCAACAUCUCAGGAGGCCAGCCAUGUUCAACUACUCCCUCCUCCGCCCCACCUUUCUCCAGUGUGAUAUGUUGUAGCACAAACUGUGAAAGUGAUUAUAACGGAAAACAAAAAAUGUAAGAAAAAACGCGUGUGCUUAUAUCGGUGUACUAAUCCUUUUUUGUCACACAGACAAAAAAAAGUCCAGAGAGGCGAGAGAAGACAUCUGUGUUUAGAUUUCCUGUCAAAGUUGAAUGAUUGAUGUGUUUUGGUGUUCUGAACUCCUCUUACCUGUCCUUGACCCCGCCUCCUGGUGAAGAGGUAAACAAAGCUGGUUUGGGAGUAGCAGGCAGUGUGGUGUUUACAAAGAUCAUGUUUGCUGUACAUAGAUUUCUCUGGCGAGCGUUACGUCUCUGUUCUGUGUGUCUGUUGAAGAGAAUUAUAAAUGUUUGAGCCAGAAGAUGAAAUUGUAAAAAGUCGUGUGAGUAUUCCCCUCUUCCUCCACCCUCUUUAAGAGUACCUGGGAAGGAUUUGACCAUGUUUAAAUGAUUAUUGUAUUGAAUAUUUAGGCAUAACCUCUGUGGACUUCUGAGUCAUACAAGACCAACAAGUGAUUCUUCUUUCAUUUUUUUAACUCAUGGCUUUAAAUUCCAUGUUUUUCUCUGAGUCAUUUUGAUCCCGUUUUGUUUGUUUUAGAGCAGGCAGGCCUCUGGGCUGCCGUGUAUGUUCCUUGGCGUUGCUGUUGAGGAGCAUAUCAAACGCCUGCUCCAUUUGGAUUCAAGCUUUCCUUCUGUGUAAAUGUUCAGCUGUGUUGGCUCGGUUCUCGUGGGUCCGUCCUCUUUUUGCCUUUGACCUGCUCAGUGUGUUCGUUUUGUAUUGUGUGAAUUUGCCAUGACACACUUGUCGUUCACACAGCUAACUGAACUCGUUUUAAUACAGCAUGUAAACUAAACGAACAAUUGACAGAGGAGUUAAAAAAGAUCAUGUAUGUUGUGCACAUAUCCAAAAUGCUUCAUGAAACAUGUUACAAGCUUUCAGAAACCGGCCUCUCACUUUGUCUGUGUUUACUGCAGAAUUACUAAUCAGACAUACAAAAGGGCAAAUUUAAAUAUACGAAUUAUUUCCAUCUGAUCGUGGUGUUUUAGCUGUUUUGUCAGUGGAGCCUCUUUUCCACUAGAGGCCGCUGUUGAACCGUUUUGCAGUGUCCUUGUUCUCCCAAAUUUCCCUCCUCAUCUGUUCCUUACAUAGAGUGACAGUGUUCGGAGUGUCGGAUGGCAUUUGACACGGUCUCUCCUGCUGUGCCGUAAACUGCAGAGACAUAGGUCUUACUCUGUUCCCUUCAUGUUUGUGGAUUGGUUGUGAGUGUCAGAUGUGAUUCAGAGUAAAAAAAAAAGGGAGAUUGUUAACAUUUUUCAUGACUGAAUUAUUAAAAAUGUUUUUUUUUCAGCUGUAUAUUUAUUAGAUUUACAAUGGCCUUUCCCGGUGCAUGUAAGCCCUUUGAGAUGCAAUAAAUUGGAUGACAGAUUGAA